GAGAAAGUGCCCUUGCGUUAGACUCAGAAUGUGGUGGAGAAAGUGCCCUUGCGUUAGACUCAGAACGUGGUGAAGAAAGUGCUCUUAUUGCUCUUGCGUUAGACUCAGAACGUAGUGGAGAAAGUGCUCUUGCGUUAGACUCAGAAACUCAGAAGCGGGUAGAUGAUGGUGGAGAAAGUGCUCUUGUGUUAGAUUCAGAAGCAUGGUAG